AUGACUGGUGAGAAGCUCUUGGCAGAGGUGAGGUUGCCCCGCAGCAUCCCACGGGCAGAGCUGCGCGUCCCGGCCGUGACGGCUCCCCGGCCGGUGCUGAACGGGCUGUUUCCUUUGCAGGACCUGGAAAAGGAGAGUGACACGCCUCUGCAGCAGGUCUCCAUCGAGGAGAUCCUGGAGGAGCAGCGUGUGGAGCAGCAGGCCAAGCAGGAGUCGGAGAAGCUGAAAGUGCAGGCGCUGAAGAAGCGGGGCCUCUGCGUCCCGCGGGCGGACACCCUGGACGAGUAUUAG